CUCUGGACCGAUGUUUGGAUACGCUGCGGCGUCCAGAAAAUAGAUAAACAGAUUGUUAACAUAUAAGUUACAGACUCAACAAACUAGAUGACAAGCCAAACUGGCAACACGAUGAUGUUAGAGAGGAGUUGAUCGCUUGUUUAGUGAUUUACAUCCAUCUAAAUCUUUAUGUGUUUGCCCAGCAACAUCACGAACAGCAGGCUAGUUUGCUACAUGAUGAUGGCCAGCUGAACAUUUGUAUGCCUUCAGCUUUUAUUACUAUUAUGCUCUCUAUUGUACCGUUCAAGGUGAAAUAUUUAUCGUCAUAAUAAUCUUUUCGUGCUUUGAAUGUUGCCUGUUCACGCAUCCUUUCCACAUGCAUUCCUAGACUUGUUAUUGCUGCUAAGAUUGUUGUGCUUGUACGCCUUGAGCUAUCAAGCUAAGCUAAUAGGACGGGAAUCGUGUGUCCAUGGGCCAAACCCCUUUUACACAUUAGCUUGCAGCUAACCAGCCGUUGUAUCCCAACAGAAAGAGGAGAGUUUUCAAGACACAUGCACCGCGCGGCCCGAAAAAGCAGAAUGUUGAUUUGCAGAAAGCCUUAGGCAUUGAUCGUGAGCUAUAUUGAUUCCAAAGAGCAACGAAAGAAGCAUCAAUCUGUGUAUUUACGGUUCAAAAUGAACACACAGUGAACCGAGACAUUGGCCUGCUUCGGGAAAACAGGGUCAUUGGCUUUUAACGAUGUAGCUUUGUGAACUACGUGCACUUUUGCAGCGUAUGUACGAGGACAAUAACGAUGAACAAUCAAAAAAUCUUGCCACAAGAGAGGAUGGAGCUGGACUUGGACAUCUCGUCGUCGCUUGUUCAGAGCGAUGGGCACCUGAGACGGUCUAACAGCGAACCGAUGAUAAACGGCCUGAGUGAUGCUUCACAGGUUUAUCAGAGAGAGGUUCUCCGCAGCAGAAGAAACAGUACAACUGUUGUUCGACCCAAUAUGGUGCCAUCUUCACCAGUACGUGUACCAAGCACAAGACUGCAAAGGAUCAAACAGGAAGAGGGUGUUGAUGUGAUGAACCGAGAAACUGCUCAUGAACGAGAGGUGCAGGCAGCCAUGCAAAUGAGCCAGUCUUGGGAAGAGAGUCUUAGUCUGAGUGAUAAUGAUCUUGAGAAAUCUUCCUCAUCAUCGCCAAAGCGGAUCGAUUUUGUGCCUGUGUCCCCUGCUCCUUCACCCACCAGAGGGAUUGGGAAAAAGCAAUGCUUCUCACCCUCUCUGCAAAUCCUGGUGAGCAGUAACGGUCUGACACCCAGUCCUGUUCCCAGCCCAACACGCCGUUUCAGCAGGAGGAGUCAGAGCCCGAUCAACUGCAUCAGGCCCAGCAUUUUGGGCCCUCUCAAGCGCAAAGGUGAAAUGGAGACCGAAAGCCAGCCCAAGAGGCUCUUUCAGGGAACCACCAACAUGCUCUGCACAGAGGCAUCUCACUUGCUGGAACUUAACACCUGUCUCUCUUCAGAUCUUCUGGAUGGAAGUCUCAGUAGUGUUGGCUCCUCCUCUGACUCGCCUGCCAAGAUGGAAGGAGUGUCACCCUCCUCCAGUAACUCUCCCCUCCAGGAUCUCUCGCCAAAGUGAGCCGCUGGGCAUCAGGGACAUGAUAGGAGAGGGUGGAGGAUUACGACUGCUGCUCGGGCUGUCUUCAAGACUUAUCAUCUUUUCUAACACCUUCCCAACAUGGCUUUUGUUCUUAUCCUGAAUUGGCCUGUUAUCUGCUUGCCAGUGGAUUAUAUGGCUGUUUGCGUUACAGGAAAACAGACCUUGUUUGUGACAGACCCUAAGGGUGAUUUGUAAGCAUGGAGAGACCGUAGAUGCUUUUGCAUCAGCUGCUAUAAUUGGAUGUAAAGCAUGGUGUAUAGAUUUGUAUCAAAGUAAACAGCGUUACAGCAUCCAACCUUUUUUUUUUUUUUUUUGUCUUCAAUUGGACUGUUACCUUGUUUGGUAACGUUUUGAAAAGAAAACCGCUGUAAACCGAAUACAUUCAGGCUCAUUCUUUUAUUUACAAUUGCAAUUUGCUAACGAUAUUGUGUUAGAAUUAACUUAUUUUGCUUCCGUUUUAUUUGUAUGUAAGUAUGUACAUAUGAUUUAAUCCUCAAGUCGUCCCGUAAUAAUUGGUGGCGAAACAUGCAGAGACCAAGAACCUGACCAGCAAACUGACAGCUGCCUUUUUUUAAAAGUUCUAUUUGUGUGCAACUGCACUUUAAAAGCAGAUUAAUAAAAUGUUUAGGCUUUGUUCUGAAUCUGCAUAAUUGAUUUUUCAGGAAUUGCCUUUUCUUGGUUUUCAAGUAGGUGGAGGGCACAUUAAUUUUUCACACUGAGCUUGAUGCUGCAUUAUCUUUGUUAGAAAGUUGCGAGCUGUUGAGCCAUACACCACAAAUAUGGAUGGGAUUUAAUAUAGCAGCAGUUCGUAACCACUAUAUCCUUGAUUCGAACACUACAGAGAAAAUAUACUGCCUGUAUUGUUACUUAUCAAUGGAUUGUUUACCUAAAAACAUAAGGACAACUAUGUUGUCUUUUUCACAACUUUCAGAGAAAACAUUUUGUUUAGGCUGAUGAGAGUGAUGUCCAAUGUAUGUUUCAGCAUUGUAAUGUGAUGCUUCGCCCUGUAUCUGUCUUUAAAGAAAAAUUAUUUGUGUUAAAAUUCUCUCAGCUGUGGUUUUGACUGAAAGAGAUUUUCCGAGAGUUGUAAAGCUGUUAAAAUUGACAUUUGGUGGUGCAAAAUUAUUUAAGCACAAGUACGAUGGGAUGAUGAAACUCUACCAAUUAGAUAAUUUGUGUUUAUGGGUUUGAAAGAAAAGAGAAUUUAAUCUACUGAUACUUAAAAACAGUGUGACAUUAAGUCUGUAUAUAAGAGAGAUGUACAACUGUAAUUGUUAAAAUUUUUAUUCGUUGGGGGCUGUAGUUACUUUAGGAAAUUAUAUUUUCUUUUGUAAAUUGUUUUCUAAAUCAAGAAAUUGCUUUAUUUCCUCAAGCAUGAUAUGAUGUAUCAUAAAUCCAUUUUUAUGUGCAAAAAAGUGUUUGUUAAAUCAGUUUUUUUCAUUUUUGAAUUGAAAGAGUGGUGUUUUGGUUUACAGACUGCAUUGUAAGUCUUUUUCUGAAUGUCUUUGCAAACAAUAACAGUACGUGGGUCAUGUCAGUCCAGUUUCUAUACUGUUUUGAUAGUUGAAGUGUGUUUGUAGUUUGCUUUGCUGAUUUGUUUUUGUCCUGUGAACUUGUCUCUCUUUAAUUAUUUUAUGCUGUCCUGUUGUCUCGAGCAGUAAUUUUAAAAGCUUCUGUGAUUUGUUUAGGACAAUCUGAGUGCUAUUAUGAGAACAUGUUGUGCUCUGCUCUCCCUGAACAAAAAAGCUCUCUCUCAUCAUAUCAGAGACUUCAAGAUGUCAGAAAUAAAUUAUUUGUCCAGGUAUUGUUGCCUUGUUUUGUGAUAUUGCAUUUAUUGGAAUACUAGCCAGAGAUCCAUGUUCUCUUGCUGUGUUUAUGGUCUUUAAAAACAGUGAUUUUAUUAUACUGAAUUUCUGUCAUUGCUGUCUUUCAUUCUGUCAUUUUCAGUUUUUGCUAAAUCAAAGUGAUGCUUUAUUAAAGGGAAGAUGAGGCUAGGUAUUGAUACA